AUGCUCUGCUCGAGCAUCGCUUUGUUUGGGCUGUCGGGCGGCGCGACCGUCCGCUCCGCCGUGGGCGGUGGCCUCCCCACGGUCGCCGUCCGCUCCGCGCCGAGCAUGGCCGCGGUCGCCGCUCCCAGCUCGCACGCGCCGGCUGCUUCGGCGGGAGGCGACGGAAAGUCGAAGAAGAUCUUCGUGCUCGGUGGCGACGGCUUCUGCGGCUGGCCGGUCGCGCUGCACCUGUCCGACAUUGGGCACGAGGUGGUCAUCGUCGACAACCUCUCGCGGCGCAAGAUCGACGUGGACCUGGGCGCGCAGUCGCUCACGCCGAUCACGCCGGCCGAGGAGCGCGUCGCCACCUGGAACGGCCUCUCCAGCCGCGAGCCCAUCCGCUUCGUCAACCUCGACCUCGCUCUCGAGUACGACCGCUUCGUCCAGAUGAUGCGGGAGGAGCGCCCCGAUACGAUGAUCCACUUCGCAGAGCAGCGCGCGGCGCCGUACUCGCAAAAGACGCCGGCGACGAAGCGGUACACGGUGGACAACAACGUGCGCGCGACGCACAACGUGCUGUGCGGGAUCGUCGAGUCGGGGCUCGACAUCCACCUCGUCCACCUCGGCACGAUGGGCGUCUACGGCUACGGCAACUCCGGCGGCGAGAUCCCCGAGGGCUACAUCGACGUGCAGCUGCCUGGCGGGCGGGAGAGGUCCAUCCUGCACCCGGCGUACCCGGGCUCGGUCUACCACGCCACAAAGUGCCUCGACGCGACGCUGUUCCAGUUCUACGCGAAGAACGACCUCCUCCGCCUCACCGACCUCCACCAAGGCAUCGUCUGGGGAACGAACACCGACCUCACCGCGCGGGACGAGAGGCUGGUCAACCGGUUCGACUACGACGGCGAGUACGGCACCGUCCUCAACCGCUUCCUGAUGCAGGCGGCGUGUGGGAUUCCCCUCACGGUGUACGGCACCGGCGGCCAGACGCGCGCCUUCAUCCACAUCAAGGACACGUGCAAGUGCAUAGAGCUCGCCGUCGCCAACCCGCCCGAGCCAAAGCCCGACUGGGGUGCCGUCGAGAUCCUCAACCAAGUCGCGCAGACGGCGCGCGUGCGAGACGUCGCGCGCAUCGUCUCGGACCUGACCGGGGUCGAGAUGCAGCUGACGGAGAACCCGCGCAACGAGGCUGCCGAGAACGAGCUGGCUGCCGAGAACGAGCUCGACGUCUCGAACCGCAAGUUCAAGAUGCUCGGCCUCGAGCCGACCCUGCUCGAGUCGGCAGCCGGGCUGAUGACCGAGGUGACCGAGGUUGCAAACAAGUACCAGCACCGCGUCGACCGCUCGAAGGUCGUGUCGAAGGCGUACUGGAACAAGGAGCGCGCGGCGGCCGCCGGCGCCGCCGACGCCGUCUCGUCGAUCAAGGGGGUGGGCGCCACCGCGUGA